ACCACCCACCCCCUUCCCGUGCCCCAUCACCUCAGGCCAUCCCGGCCGGCGUGGAUCUCGCCCACGUCCCACGCCCCUACCUCUCUACCCACCGGUUACCUUCUGCACCACAACCUCCCUCCCCCUCCUGCGCCACCAGCCCACCACCUACCCCUCAUCCCCGACCCCCACUUCAGAUCCGGGCGGCCGCUCUGCCUCAGAUCCGGCCGGGCUCCAACGAGGCACCGACAGUGGAUCCGGCCGAUGCCACCAUCGGUCUCCACCGGACUCCUGCGAGAGCAGUACCGGACUGCUUCCCCAUGCCUCCCAGCCUCCCCCACCAACCGCAGCAAAAUGUGCGGCGACAGACUUCACUUCCGUGGCCGCCGACGACGAGGGCCUCCACCGGCGUGGCACCGAACCGGCAGAUCUCAGGCCUUCCCUCUCUGGCCCCGACGAGCUGCCCUCCUUCCCUUGCAGUCCAUGCGUCCCUGACGCGGACCGCCCCACCUCCUUGGCCAAGCAUCGCCCGCCCGCUCCCUCCUUUGGCCAGAUGCACCGGACUCCACGGAUCAAGUGCCGCCUGCAUCCGGGCGCCCGGCGGCCUCCCCCAACAAUGGCGGUCGCCCCUGCGCCAUCGACAGGGAUCCACCCCCCUGCUCGCACACCAUCAAGAAAAGCCUGAUGCAGCCGUGCCGCUGCUAUUUUCUUUCGCCGAUCUGGUUGCUUCUCUCCCACCAGCGAUUUGGGACUUGUCGCCUGUGAAGUUUGAUGGUUCCCCAUGCAGUUCGUUUUUGCCUCUCCGAUGCGGUGGUGUCGAGCGGCCAUCCCCUGCCACGCCGGUGCCACCUCGGCAUGUGGGAGGAGCACGAGAGGAAAAAAAAUGAAGUGAUGCGGUUCUAUUGGAUGCCCCAUAACUCAAUUUUGUUGUUGUUGAAAAUUGCACUUCAUUAGCUCAUUGUAACAACUACAGUUUACUGCUGUGAUGGUGUGGUUUGUCUUCGCGGAGCCUGCACUUUUGUCUUGAUGCAAGUAGCCCACAAAAUUUAAUAAGUAUGAAAAGAAGACAACAAAAACUCAUGAGGUUCAUUUUUAG